CGAGAACGCAGCACACGAGCCACGGAGAGUGUCGAAAGCAGCAACAAUUGAUGGUGCACAGCUUCUCAAAGGGAUGAAGAGAGCCCUUCAAUCGCCCCCAAAAAUACGCCGAUUUGUUGCGUUGAACACCUUGACCGAAAAUAACAGCAUUGCAGCGUUCCGGGAAUCCUACUUCAGGCCACAGGUUCCAGUUGUUUUACCACGAGGCCAGUUUCGAGACUUACCUGCCAUAUCCCGGUGGUUCACUGCUCCGUCUUCAAUCAGUGGUGACAAUUCUUCCGUCCAGUCAUUCAAUUAUGACUACCUCGAGCAGUACGGCGACUGUCAUGUCCCCCUCGAACUGACGACCACAGCUUUCAAUGGCAAUUCUCAGCCGGAGGAAUCAUUUAAGCGAUUUCACGCGCCGUUGAGUUUGUUCCUCGACUGGGCUCGAUCCGUUCAAAGCUCCGGUCUGGAGGGAACUUCUCAAGUCACCGACAAAUCCGCAGGACCAAAUGCCCAUUUGUACCUUGCCCAAUGCCAACUCCUCGACCUAGCAGCACCGCUGCGUGACGAUUUCGCAGCCCCGUCGUAUGUUACGGAUGCAGGAAAGGGGGAUAUUUAUGACACCAAUGUUUGGAUCGGAAUAGCACCUACCUACACACCCUUGCACAGGGAUCCAAACCCGAACGUAUUCGUGCAGUUGGCGGGCACGAAACACGUGAGAUUGCUCCCUGCAAACGUUGGACUAGGCGUAUUUGACCGUGUGAGAGAGCGAAUGGGAAGGAGUGGUGGCUCUCGAAGCGCAGCGCUCCGUGGUGAGGAUAUGAUGUACGGUCUGGAAAAACAGUUGCUGGAUCAGGAAAUAUGGGGAGAUCGCCAAAAUGAUGAUAACAUACGGUUGGAGCAGGGAAAAAAUGGAGAAGAAUAUGGAUAUGAAGCUGUGGUCAAUGCAGGUGAUGGAAUCUUUAUCCCAAUGGGUUGGUGGCAUAGCAUCAAAGGCGUCGGCCAAGGCAUUACUGCAUCGGUCAAUUGGUGGUUUCGGUAGCGGGCUGUUCGUAGGUACUCUUCACGGCAAACGAUUGCUCCCGACUACAAACAGAUGGCCCAGAGCUCGAUUUUAUGUUGCUCUAGCUUGGGAGGCCUUUGACUGGCUAUUUCAAAGCGGAAUUAGAUUUCCUUAACUGGAAAAUGAGUCUUGAGGCCCUGAGUUUCCUAGGGGCCUAACACGUGGGUACAUGUCAGGCCACUGGUCGUGACCACGGAUGUUGAUCCUCCUGGGUGCAACCAACAUCCCCACUUUAAACAUCAUGUAAUCAGAGGAAAUAUGUAGUUAUAUCAUGUUAGCGGAAUAAUACUUAUAGUUAUCUUGAA